ACAGCCCAGAUGUGCACAGAGCAACGCCGAUAGCAUUUUUUAUUAUCUCUUUUUUUUUUUUUUUUUUUUUUUAAACUUCUCUCUGCAAACAGAGGAGUUGCUGGAGCGGAGGCGGGCACAGCUUGACCCACGGCACGGCCAGCGAGCAACGGGGAGGCUGUGGCACAGCCCCGGCGCAGCCAUGGGGCAGAAGUGCAUGGAGAAGUUGUCCUCCUUCCUCUUUGAGUAUGACACCCCCAGGAUGGUGCUGGUGAGGAACAAGAAGGUGGGACUGACCUUCCGGCUGAUCCAGCUCAUCGUCCUGGCGUACAUCAUCGGGUGGGUUUUCCUCUACGAGAAGGGCUACCAGUCUCAGGACAGCAUCGUCAGCUCGGUCUCGGUGAAGCUGAAAGGCCUGACGCUGACCAACGAGAGUGUCAUGGGCCCUCACAUCUGGGAUGUGGUGGACUAUGUUUUCCCAGCCCAGGGGGACAGCUCGUUUGUGGUGAUGACCAACUUCAUUGUCACCCCUGGACAGAAACAAGGAACCUGCCCGGAGCUGCCGGAUGCCGGGCCCUGCACGCGAGACAGCGACUGCAGCAAAGGGAAAUACAGCCGCCAAGGACAAGGGCUCAUGACCGGCAAGUGUGUGCAUUUCAACAGCUCUGUGAAGACCUGUGAGAUCUUUGGCUGGUGCCCCGUUGAAGAUGAUGACCAUGUUCCUAGCCCUGCCCUGUUGUCAGAAGCGGAGAAGUUCACCAUGUUCAUCAAGAACAGCAUCACCUUCCCCAGGUUCAAGGUGUCCAGGCGCAACCUGGUUGAGAGCGUCACCAAACAGUACCUGAAGAAAUGCACCUAUCACAAAGUCACCGACUCCUUGUGCCCUGUGUUUGACCUGGGAUACAUAGUGAAGGAAUCGGGACAGAAUUUUACCAUGCUGGCUGUUAAGGGCGGAGUGGUGGGCAUCACCAUAGACUGGAACUGUGACCUCGACUGGCCCGUCCGGUACUGCAAACCCAUUUACCAGUUCCACGGCCUUUACAAUGAUGACAGUAACGUUUCACCGGGCUUCAACUUCAGAUAUGCCAAAUACUACAAAGAAGACGGGAUGGACAAGAGGACGCUCUACAAGGUGUUUGGGAUCCGGUUUGACAUUCUAGUGAAUGGCAAGGCAGGCAAAUUUGACAUCAUCCCAACCAUGACCACAAUUGGCUCUGGAAUCGGUAUUUUUGGAGUGGCUUCUGUCCUCUGCGACCUGCUCCUGCUGCAUUUUCUCCAAGGACGGGACUACUACAAGCAAAAGAAAUUCAAAUAUGCUGAACAGGAGCCUUCAAAGUCGCAUAAGAAGGAAAAGGAGCUGGACAACACGCAGCGAGAGAAUCCCCACUGACCGACAAACCUGCACCCUCUUCCUCUUCCUCCUCCUCUCCUAAAACACCGUCAUCACCCUCUGUCACCAGCCUGUACCAGCCCCAAGGCCAGCAGGAGCAGUGUCCAACACCGGCUUGUGGGAACAUGGCACCCAGCAGCCAGGGCAGGGUCCGGCCGGCCCGACCCCCUGCCUCUGGUGGGACACGCUGCGAUGCUGUGGGUGGGUUAAACUAAGGGACCCUGCUGCGGGGCACACUGGGGUCUGCAGGACCCACCAUCACACCCUGCCUGGUGUGUCGGGGCUGUGCUGGAGCAUCCUGCACCCAAACCCCCGGGGAAGGAGAGGCAGCGAUGCUCUCCCCGGUGCCAAACUGAGGAGAGGAGGAGGGAAGCAGAGCUGGCAAGAACCAUGCCCGGUCCCUCAGCACGGAGAAAAAUGGCUAUUUUGUAAGGAUGUAUUUUAUUAAAAAAAAAAAAAAUAAACCUUUAGUUUUUCUACUA